UGCCUUUUGCUGAGUGCUUUCUAUGAGUGGGCCCUCGAAGAGCGACCCCCUGCCAGCAGCCUCAGCUUCUCUUGGAUACCCCUUCACAGAUGAGAAUUCCAGAUCCCCUGAGCAGUGCUUUGACUGAGGUCGCGGCCCCGUGCUUUAUAGGAAGCGCCACAGGGUCGUUUUUCCACGCUGCAGCUUGAGAACCGCAGUUUAGGGGCUGAUCCUCACGGAAUCAUGGUUAUGGCCUUUGCUAGCCUGAAUGAGACACUUUCACCAUUUAGCCUCUGAGAUGUUAUAGAUGAGCUACAACUCCUUGGUCUGACACUGGCUGAAUGAUCACUGCAUUAGCUAUGGGCCACCAUCCAAUCCAGUAUGUGUUGAGGUUCAGUGUUUUAACCCUGUGGGACUGAUGAUACCUGUCGUUUAGCUGGGGCAUGAAGCUACUGGGGGAGCUCCUCCAGUCACAGGUGGUUUUACUCCAGAUGAGCUGCUGAAGAUCUGGAAAGGGCUGUUUUACUGCAUGUGGAUGCAGGACAAGCCUCUUCAGCAGGAAGAACUAGGAAGGACCAUUUCCCAGCUCAUCCACGCUUUUCAGACUACAGAGGCACAGCACCUGUUCCUGCGGGCGUUCUGGCAGACCAUGAUCCGAGAGUGGGUGGGCAUUGACCGACUGCGCCUGGACAAGUUCUACAUGCUCAUGAGGAUGGUCCUGAGUGAGUCACUGAAGGCUGUGAAAACCCAAGGAUGGGAAGAAAGACAGAUUGAGCAGCUGCUGGAGCUGCUCACCACCGAGGUACUGAACCCCGACAGCCAGGCCCCCAAUGGGGUGAAGAGCCACUUCCUGGAGAUCUUCUUGGAGGAGCUGACCAAAGUGGGCGCUGCAGAGCUCACCGCAGACCAGAACCUGCAGUUCAUCGACCCCUUCUGCCAGAUAGCAGCCCACACUAAGGACUCCCUAGUUUUAAAUAAGAUCACGCGGAGCAUCUUUGAGACGAUUGUGGAACAGGCUCCCUUGGCCAUCGAAGACCUACUGAAUGAACUGGACACACAGAGUGGGGAGGAUGAAGCGUCAGAUGGUGAGGAGGAGUCCUCAGAGGGUGAGCAGGAUCUGCAAGACACGCCACCCAGGAGGCUGCCUGCAGGCUCCAGGCAUAAGGCUGACCCUGAGACAGACAAGGACCAGGUGUGGGAUGACGAGGAAAACGCUGGCCCUGUCCUCCAGUUUGACUACGAGGCAGUUGCUAACAGACUCUUCAAGCUUGCCAGUAGACAGAGCACUCCUUCUCAGAACAGGAAGCGCCUCUACAAAGUGAUCCAAAAGUUGCGGGACCUGGCUGGAGGCACUUUCCCUGAUGAUGAGGUCCCUGAAAAGGCCUACAAGAAGCUGCUGGAAGGGAGGCGGGAGCGGAAGAAGAAGAAAAAGAAGCGUUUGCCCACAUUGCAGCCACAGAGUAAGACAGGGGAAAGCGAGACAGAAGCCUCGAGUACAGACCCGAGCCCGCAGAUAAAGAGGAAGAGGAGCAGGAGGGAUGAGAAGGCUGGCCAAAGAGGGCCUCCUGGGAAGAGGAGGAGGAGGCCUGGUGUUAGAGCAAAGGGGGCUGGCGUCCAGCAAGCAGCGAGGAAGAGGAAGCGGCCAUUGCAGAGGGAGAAGUGAGGGGCACGCCCAAGCCAGCCAUCCCUGCUGGCACCUGGUUAUUGGGCAGGAUACCCGGACCUGCCCCCGGAGCCUCUGAAUGCCGGGCUCUGAGCUUCCCCUAGGGCAGGGACAGGGGCAGGAUGAAGAGGGAGGCCCUUGUCCAGUGCCAGCCUUCAGAGCCACUGCCUGCCUACCAGAAACUCACUCCGAAGACUCAAAAGUUCACCUGGACUCUGUGCAGUGGCCAGAGGAUCUAGAGUUUGAGUCCAGCCUGGGGCCCAGAGUUCUCCUUCCCCCAAAAUAAGAAAAAUGAAACCAGAUAUUCCACCUGUGUGGGUACUGUCACCUCUUCCCCGGGCUGCCCACAAAAUAAACUGCAGGUCCUCACGGCA